AUGGCUCUGCCUGAAUUCACAUUUCAGAGCUAUGCCGAUGCUGGAUCGAUUUCACCCACCAGCCUAGCUGCCAAGGCGGCAGCUCUCCGAAUCUCUUUCCCAGAGUCCCGCAGCAAGACGAGCAGCCGUGGAGAUUAUCUGGCGCCGAUGCUAACGAGCUUACGUGAUCCUGAGGCUCGGGAAGGAGACCAGUCGACGAAGCAGGCUGCCGUGGAACUUCCCACGGCGGCGGCUCCGCCGGAAGGAUUGGCAAAUCCGCAGGCAGAGAUAGAAGAGCCUGAGUCGACCGAGAAGGAAGAGAAGGAGAUGGUCGAAGCGACCUCUUACGAUGCGAGCGAGGGCCCCCUUCUUAUGUGGGAGUCCGAACGGGUGGUGAGACUGCAGGCUGAGCAGGAGGCGCAGGCUGAAGUCAUGUCGCAGUCGACGGCCACGGCAUCUGCUCGAAUGCCCCGAAGUCGAAGCGAGGUUGUGACGGCUGUAGACGAUUGGUUCGGCCUUCGACUCAGCUAUUCGUCUCUACGCCUUCGAAAUGUAGCCCAAGCCUUGCACAGCAUCGCGACGCUCCACAUGAGCCGUGAGGAGCCAAAGGAGGCAGCCCGUGCGGCAGAAGCAGCGAAGACCAUCUACAAGAAGGAGAAGGAUGUCGUCGGUCAGGUGGAGUCCCUUUCGCUCGUCGCCCAAGCGCACAUGUACAUGGUCAGCAAGUUGGAUGCCAGUGAAGAGCAGGAGGGCCCUUUGAAGGAGAACCGGCUGAACAUAGCAGGCUCCAAAGCCUACGUGGCAACGGACGAAGCGAUGGCAGCCAUAAAGGACUGUAAAGAUGAUGGUGCCAUUGCCACAGCGAACUUCUCAAGGGCGGAGGUGCUUUCCCUGUUUGGGGAGACACGUGAGUCCGUUUCCGCGGGUCGACGUGCCUGCGAAGCAUUCCGGCGGACAGGUGAGCAACAGCCCCUGGCGGUCGCCCUGAUGUUGUGCGCGAGAGGUUUCCUCGAACUCGGGACCGCGGGACUGGCAGAGAAAUCUGCAGAGGAGGCAUUGGACAUCUUCCACAGGAUCAGCGAUGACGAGGGUGUGGCAGCAGCCAACGAGCUGCUGAAUGAAAUUGGCCCGAGUGGUAUGGCACUGGGAGGCGGAGGAAGCUACGAGGUUGAGGACAUUGCAGCAGCACCAGAGCCGGGUGCAGCGGCGUCUGUGGCUGUGCAGCAGAAGGGGCCGGAACCCGCACAAGUGAAGGAGAUGAUCAGGAAAGAGGUCGAGAGCAUUCUUGGAAGUGCUGACGAAGUGGCAGAUGACACACCUCUCAUGGACACUGGCCUGGACAGCUUGUCCAGUGUCCAGUUCCGCAACGACCUGACGCGCGACUUCAACGUGAAGCUGCCUGCUUCGUUGAUGUUCGACUACCCAACUAUUACUGCCCUGACCGAAAAGAUCGUGCAGGCCCUCGAGGACCAAUGA